AUGUUCUUGCAGGAGCUGUGGCUCCACGAACUCAAUUGGGACAAUUCACUCCCAAAACAUCUCAGUGCGAAAUGGCUUCUGAUCAGGAACGAUUUCAAAUCGCUAGCCAGCAUAUCAAUUCCAAGGUGGUUUAACUCAUGGAGCGACUCAAGGGUAGAACUCCACGGAUUCGCAAAUGCUUCUCAGCUUGCCAUGGCAGCAGUCAUUUAUUUGGUGAUUCACUCACCGUCAACAGGAUCUGCGACUUCGUUUGUUUGCUCAAAAACAAAGGUAGCCCCACUUAAACGGCUAACAAUUCCAAGAUUAGAGCUCACAGCGGCGCUACUACUUGCUAAGCUGAUGGCUCAUGUUCACGCCACACUAAGGCUCGACGUGAAAUCGACUUACAUGUGGAUCGACUCGCAAGUAGCACUCAUGUGGAUUAAAUCACCCGCAUCCCGUUGGAGGGAUUACGUUAGAAACAGGGUGAUUCAAAUCCAAGAACUGUCAACAAAUUCCACCUGGUGUCACAUUCCUGGCGCGAUGAAUCCAGCAGAUUGCGGAUCGAGGGGAAUUUCGGCGGACCACUUGAUGAAUCACCCAUUGUGGUGGACUGGACCACCCUGGCUCAAGCAGUCUUCCGACUCGUGGCCAGCUCAACCAGACAUCGCGCCGGAGCUUACUCAUACUGAAGCUCGAACUGGUACAGCUCUAUUUGCAGCAGCUCCAAUACCUGCACCUAGUUGGAAUUUAGUGUACAAAUACUCCUCACUGAACAAGCUAUUCAAAGUCACAGCGCUGUGUUUCAGAUUCAUACAAUUGCUCAAGCGCAAUCUCAUGUCACCUCCUUCUACGUGCAUAUCAGCUCAAGAACUCAACCAAGCAAUGCUCUUCUGGAUCAAAUCGACUCAAGCUACAUACUUUGCUCACGAGCUCAAGACACUCAGCCAACAUUUGUCACUUCCCACUGCUCACGCGCUCUCCAGACUAACAGCAUUUCUUGAUGAAAAUGGCGUGAUUAGAGUGGGAAGCCGACUUAAGGAAUCAGCGCUCACUUAUCAAAAUAGGCAUCCAGCAAUACUGCCACGUCAUUGUCAGCUCACCUCUCUUAUCAUCGACGACGCACAUCGCACCACUCUACAUGGUGGUACGCAGCUCACCCUGGCAAAAAUUCGGCAAACCUACUGGAUUAUUGGCGAAAGAGCUCCAGUGAAAUCUCACAUAAUCAAAUGUGUCAAAUGUGCACGACAGAGAGGGAUCCGCGCGAAGCAACUGAUGGCUCAGCUCCCGUUGGCGCGAGUCACACCUGCACCGGAACAUAAGCUGGCCAGCUCCACUAUCGCUACGGAAGGGACCACGUGGAAGUUCAAUUCUCCGGCAUCACCCCACAUGGGUGGCAAGUGGGAAUCAGUUGUGAAAUCGAUCAAGUUUCAUUUGCGAAGAACAGUUGGUGAAACUCUAUUAACUUUUGAGGAGCUCACAACAUUGUUGACUCAAAUAGAAGCAGUGCUCAACUCUAGACCCCUGGAGCCUCUCAGCGACGACCCUGAAAAUGUGUCCGCCCUCACCCCUGGACACUUUCUUAUUGGCUCGACUUACAAGAUGGCAGCUCAUCCAACAACGACUUCAACAGUUCUGGUCCCAGUGGUCAGCUCAUUACUUACAACGUCAACAAUCUAUCUGAAAGUGGCAUCACCCGUCGAAUAUCAUCAAAGUUGGCUCAUUAGUCCUGCUCACAGACGAAAGAUUGCCUCCCAGCAAGUGGCCACUUGCCAGAGUACUCGAAUUACACCCAGGGAAGGACGGACUCACACGAGUCGUCACGCUACAAACUGCCACGACUACACUCACUCGUCCUAUUGUUAA